CUUAAGUUUUUUUCACAGCUGAGAAAUCUCGCCGCCGAUUGAAGAAGAAGAGAUGGGAGUUUUCACUUUCGUUUGCAAAAGCAAAGGCGGAGAAUGGACCGCAAAGCAACACGAAGGAGAUCUUGAAGCUUCAGCUUCUUCUACUUACGAUCUCCAGCGCAAGCUUGUUCAGACUGCUCUCUCCGCCGAUUCUUCUGGCGGCGUUCAGUCUUCUUUCUCUCUUAUCUCUCCUACCUCCGCCGUCUUCCAGGUGAUCAUUGGUGGUGGUGGUGGUGGAGGAUUUGCUGCCGGAGGAGGUGCAGCUACUGGAGGUGGUGGUGGAGGUGAGGCUGCCGCAGCCACAAAGGAGGAAGAGAAGAAGAAGGAAGAAUCUGAAGAGGAAGAAGGAGACUUUGGAUUUGAUCUCUUUGGUUAAGAGACUAAAAAAACAAUGUUUCA